AUGUCGUUUUCAUUACCAAGAAGUCCACUUUUGUCACCAAUGUCACCCAUCAUGGAAGAUGUUCUUUCCGAUUCUAAUAGUGUUAUCACUUCAGAUGAACCACUUUCACCUACAUUACAACCUCAACGUAAAUAUAGCGUAUAUAAGGCAAAACCCACUACACAACUCUCAUUAAGUGUUCCUUCUACAAAAGCAUACAGUUCUUCUUCUGCUGGGUCGUCGGUAAAAAGUUUCAAUGCAAUUUCAAAUUUACUAGAUAGUAGUAUUAACGGAGAGAACCGUUCAAAGGAAAGUUAUGUAGACGACUAUCUUACCAAAAUCAUGAAUAGAUCCAACUCGGCUUCUUCAACUGAUAAUGAGUAUUUAACGUUUUGUAAGGGUUUCAUUGAUAAUAAAAAGCGGAAUUUUUCUAGUGAACCGGAAAGUGAUAUGAGUUUGGAUUUUGAUGCGAGAAAUGAAAGUAUAGAUUCAGAUAGCUCUAUAGAAUGUAAAAUGAGUAACGGUCAUUCGAAUAAUCUUGAUAUGCCAGCUAUUCCAAUAGACGAAGAAUAUUCGGGAUAUCGUCGCAAGUAUGGACAUGAAGAUCCACAAUCUGUUACUUGGUCUCGACAUCGAAAACACUUCUUUAUACUUAGUAGUUCUGGCAAGCCGAUCUAUACGCGGUAUGGAGAUGAAUCACGUAUUUCAAGUUAUAUGGGUGUGAUUCAAGCCAUUAUUUCAUUUUUUGUUGAUGCCGAAGAUUCUCUAAGAUGUAUCAAUGCGGGAAAUCAUAAAUUUGUAUUUUUACUAAAGGGGCCAUUGUAUCUUGUAGCCGUUUCCCGGACAAAUGAAUCAGAGUCUCAAUUAAAUUAUCUAUAUAAUCAAAUUUUGAGUGUUUUGACGUCCACUCAAUUAACAAAAAUUUAUGAGCAAAGGAUGAAUUUUGAUUUGCGUAUUCUGCUUGGAGGUACUGAGCCUUUCUUGGAUAAGCUUGCAAAUUCCAUGAGCGAUGAACCGGGGUUCAUGUUAGGUUCGAUUCAAUGCGUUAGAAUGAGCAAAGAACUACGAGAUAAAGUUGGAAAUAUUUUGCAAAUAGUAAAGUCGAAGGACCUUUUAUAUGCCAUGUUAAUAACAAAUUAUAAACUAAUAACCUUGCUGAGACUUAAAAAACACAGUCUUCAUUCAGCAGAUCUUCACUUGGUUUUUAACAUGGUAAAUGGUUCUUCAACUUUUCGUUCGGUUGAAUCAUGGACUCCAAUAUGUCUGCCAAAGUUUAACAAUAAAGGAUUCCUCCACGCCUACGUGUGCUAUAUUACCGCAAACGUAUGUCUUCUUUUGAUAUCUCCAGACAAGGAUAAAUUUUUUGAAUUAUCUGAUGCCAAAAAUACAAUAGUUGAGCAACUCACCGCUUGCGAUGCUUUACAAGGGAUAGAAGCAGCCUCACAAAGUGAGGGUUAUUCUAUAGCCGAUAUUGGCGUGGCAGGUUUACGACAUUUUAUAUACAAAUCAAAGACGUGUUUACAAUACACGUCACCUGCAUUUUUGGCAUCAUAUAAUAAUCCUCGUGAAAAACGAAGAUUGUUUAAAUUAUAUAGAUAUACACAUGAUCGUAUGCACUCACGUGUUCGGCCACUUAAAGUACAUUAUUACGUGAGUCCGUCAGAAACUAUAUUAGGAUGGAUAACAGCAACAUUUGAAUUAUACGCUGCGUUUGGUCCAUUAAUAUCCAAAACAGCAUUGACAAAUUCUUCCCUCGUAUUAUUGAAAUGGAUCAAAAAAGAGGAGGAAAAUUUAUUUAUCAUGAAUUCGCCAGUCUUUUAA